GCCCGGCUGAGCAGGCUCUGCCGUUCCCCUUUCCCCACAGCCUGGAGACGGAGGCGCCUCCACGGGUCCUGGCUGCAGCCACCUUGGUGAGAGCCCUCAGCUACAAGCACCCGGAGCUCUCGGCCCACCUCCUGGUGGCCGGAUGGGACCCCCAGAACGGCGGGCAGGUCUACGGUACGAUGGGAGGAAUGUUGAACCGGCAGCCAUUUGCCAUUGGAGGAUCAGGAAGCACCUUCAUUUACGGUUAUGUGGAUUCUGCUUACAAAUCUGGGAUGGAUCGGGAGGAAUGUCGUCAGUUCACCAAAAACGCGAUUGCCCUGGCGAUGGUCCGGGACGGUUCCAGCGGGGGUGUCAUUUACCUCGUCACCAUCACCAAAGAUGGCGUCAAGGAAGAGGUUGUUUUAGGAGAUGCCAUCCCCAGAUUUUAUGACGAAUGAAUGUGCCUCUCAACCUUCUCCCUCUCUCUCCGCUUUUUUAAACCAUUAAAGUUGCUGAAU